AUGUCUGAGCUCCUCGCCGCCGCCAAGGCCGGCGACGUCGCCUCGAUCAAGCGGCUCGUCCAGGGCGGCGCGAACGUCAACGAACAGAACCCGACGGUCGGCGCGACAGCGCUCGUGUACGCCGCGCAGGCUGGCCGCACCGAGGCGGUGCAGGCGCUGAUUGAGCUGCGAGCGAACCCCGGGCUGACCACACGCAAGGGCAAGACCGCGCUCGUCGUGGCACAGGAGAAGGGCCACGCCGCUGUCGUCUCACUCCUGCAGCAGGCGGCUGCGGCACCGGCCGUCUUUGGAGCUCCUCCCGCGGCGGCACC